AUGGAGGAGGCAACGGUGCGGGUGUUCUGGUCACCGUCACCGCCAGCCCAUGAAGUCACCUGCGUUGCGGUGGAUGCGGAAGGGGCCUUCUUGUAUACCGGUGGCUCAGAUGGAGCCAUCAUCAGGUGGCAGCUGGGCAUAGCCGCCGCGCCGAAAGCAUGCGUCAUGUUGGUCGGCCACAACCUACCUAUCCGCUGCCUUGUGCCUGGCUUAAGAGAGGGACGCGGUGAGGGCUACAUGGGGGAGGGCGAAGAUCCCGCCGGGGACCCCUCCUCCUCCUGGGGCGGCGGCGGCGGCGGCGGCUACCGGUUUCUGUUGAGCGUUGACGAUGGCGGCGUGUGCUGUCUGUGGCGGGAGCCUUGUGGGCGCUGUGAGCUGCGGCGGCGGAUACCGCAGCUAGGGCGGGCGGUGUUUGCACAG